AGCAAGUUCCGGCCGUAGUCAAAUUCUAAACGUCGGCUCUUACGGUUGCACACUGCAGCAGUCGGAAAGCUUUGUUUCAUGCCGAAAUAAUCAAAAAGACUAACGCUUUAGACACAAGCGCACCUUCAUUCCAAUUAUUUGCAUUAGAACGCUUACAAUGUCAGUGAAAUUAAUUUGCCUUCUAGCGCUUUUUACACUGUGUGCGACUGUUGUGAUCACGGAGGCACGCGGUGGUGGCCGUGGCCGUGGCGGUUCAUUAGGUUCCGCCUUCUACAGACGCUCGCACAAAAAGCAUGCCUCCUCAGGUAAUGCUAGCUCACGACGGAAAAUUAUCAGCGGCUCACCAGUGCACACCUCCUACACGAACUCAAUGUUCGCAGCAGAAGGCGUGGAUGAGAAGUUUGCAAAACAUCGAUCACGACACCGUAAUAAACAUCACAAAAGUACGAGCAGCCACAGCAGCUCCAACAGCCACAGUAGCUCCAACAGCCACAAAAGUUCGACGCACAGAAAUUCACACGUUAGUCACAACAGUCAUAGCAUUUUAGGCACAGAGGGUCGGCAUAAUACCCACAACUGGUAUGGCUUAGGUUCGGGAGUUUCACAUCACAACACCCACGCUGCCAAUCCACAUAUAUCCCACAACUGGGGUGGCCACCAAUUGCCAGCUGGUCAUGUCUACGUUACGCAACCGUCUAGCAUUCCAGUCAAUGCCGUGUACUAUGCACAGCCACCAAGGCACACCAAUAAUGAUGAUUCAACAGAUUUUGCUUUGGGCUAUCUUGUUGGCCGAAGUAUGACACGUCAUCGUCACCACCACCACCAUUAUGAACAACAACCACAACCACAAGCACAGCCCAAUAAUCAGACAGAAUCAUCAAAAGUUAUUCUGGUCAACAACAUGAAUCCAUCAGUUGUAGGCCAUUCCACAGAGCAGCCGCACUAUUGGCCCACUGACUCCGAAAUAUCGCUGGCACCGCUCAAUAACACACUGAUCCCAAAUGGCGUUACGACUUCCGAGCCCAUAUUUAAAAGUCCUCCCAUCGUUAGCGCUCAGACGCUUACCACAGCCGGUAAUGCAACAUUCGAGCUUCCAACAGCCACAGCGCCACCGCCAGAAACACCGCCCAACAAUGGCAUUAUCUGUAUGCCAUGGAGCUUCAAUGAAACCGAUCCAACGAAACCGGAUACUGUUGUUGUAGUACAGAAAACAAUUUGCUUUCCAGCGCCGCCUGCGCCACCGACCACCACCAUGGCACCGAUCGCGGGUGAUAUUAGUGUUGAUGUAGCAACAACCGCCAAAGCUGUCUUAGCUUAAACAUUUUGUUUUUGGGUUUAGCAAAUAGCAUAUGACAUAUGUAUGUAAUAUGUAUGUACUCGUAAUCUAUAGUCAGAUUUAAGUUCCUCUUUAUAAAUUUUUGAUUGCCAAUAUUUAUCAAUUCUACUGGGAAUAAUAAAUUGAGAUUUUUUUUUUUAACAUUAAA